AUGAAAGUGUAUAAACAAAAAAUUUUUAUUUAGUUAACUGCUUGUGGAAAAAAAUACAGGAGUUAAGAAAAAUUAAUUUUUAGUUAAAAUGCUUGAAUAGUAGAUAGAAAAAGAGAAAACCAAGAAAAAGAAGGAAGUAAUUAAAUUUAUAUAAUAUAUUUAUAAAAUAGUUAAGUAUGUGGUGUAUUUUUUUGAAUAUUUUUUGAAGAUCUGAAGAGGAGGAAGUAAAUUUUUAUAUUUUGCAAUAUUAUAAUUAAAAUUCUAAAAUGGCUUUUGUAUAUCAAGCAGAAAGAGAUAUAAACAAUGCAUCUGGUGCUUUACCACCAAAUGUAGGUCCUGGAAGUUACAUAGAACAUAGAAAAUAUGAAGCUCGAGCUCAUGCUGCUCCUUUUAAUACACAAGUUGCAAGAAGCAAACCAUUAAAAAAAAGUAAUUCACCUGGUCCUGGCAGUUAUAAUGUUGAAUUUGUGACUGAAGGGUAAUAAUAAUUUAUAAUUAUAAGUUAACGAGUUGUUCUGUAAUCUGCAUAAUCUGAAGUGAAAAUAGUAGAACAAUAGAAACAGUAAUCGGUUUUUAUGUCAUAAACUAAAAGAUUUUAAGAGGUGAAAUAAAUGGAGACUCCAGGGUAUUAUUAAAAUUUAUAUCAGUCCUGGGGCUUAUGAUUCUACAUAAUAAAAGAAAAUUUUGUAACAACAAUAUACAUCUUAAAAUUAUAUUGAUCAUUUGAUGAAACUAAAUAAAUAUUAAUCAAUACCAUCAAUUCCAACAGCAAGUUAAGUAUAUGGUUAUACAGAUAAAGGAGGUAAUAAAUUAAAUAAUAUAUUUAUUUAGCACAUGAUCUAGAACUUAAUAAGAGUCCUGUUCCAACAUUUACAGGAUUAAAAUAAGAUACUGUAGGACCAGGAUAAUAUUAAUUAAGAGAUACUUUUGAUAAUAAUAAGAAUAAAGGACCUUCUUGGCAUAAAUCUAGAGUUCCUAAAUUAGCUCCUCCUUCAAGAGAACUGAUUGUAGGACCUGGAGCUUAUGAUCAUGAGAAUUCUAUAAUUCCUCUUUAUAAAUUAAAUCCUUCCGGCAAUUUUCUCUCUAAAUCUUAAAGAAUGUUUGAUUAAUAAAAAGGUUAAAAAACUAGAGAAUUUAUGAGAGCUUAAUUUGAAAAUUAGAAGAAAAAACUUAUGUAAAAUCCUGUAUUUGCUGAUAUAGAAGAAGAUGACGUUGAAUUUUAUGAUGUAUUAAUAUUUAACAAAAUUAGAAUGCUACUCCAGGACCAGGAUACUAUUUGGGAAAUUAAACAACAUUUUCAACAGCUUCUACAUUCUCUCAAUCAAUGCCAAAAGCUUAAAGUGGAUUUGGUUCUAAGCAGAAAAGAUUUAAUGAAUAAUAAAGAUAAAUAUAAAUGGGACCAGGAGAUUAUAGAAUAGAAACAAAUCUUCUCAAAAAUAAUAUGGCUAUGAAAAAUAUUCCAUUUUAAUCUUCUAAUACACGAUUUGAAAGUAGAGCUUUAGAAAAAAAACCAGGUCCUUAAACUUAUAAUCCAAAAAUUACAGUAAUAUUAUAUGUUCUAUAAAAGCUAGAAGAUAAAUUGAUAAAGAAAUUAGAAAGAGCACCUGUUGGAAAAUUUGGAUCUAAUUAACCUAGAUUUGAUGAUCCAGAAAAUGAAUAACCUGGACCUGGAACUUAUGAACCUAAUUUUUAAGAUCCUGCUAAAAGUGCUGCUUGUGUUUUCAAAUCUUAAACAAAAAGAAGUAUCAUGGGUGGUAAAGAUAAUAUGCCUGCUCCUGGAGCUUAUGAUGUUAAAAAUUAUACUAUAGAAAAUACCACAAAAGUAGAAAAAGAAGAAGAUAAAGAUCUUAUAAUCAAUAAACCAGGUUUUGGAUCUUCUUUACCAAGAUUCUAAGAAAAACCUAAAAAAAGUAUAGAUGAAGAAGAUGAAGAAGAAGAAAUUUAACUUAAACAUAAUGCUUCCGAUUUAUUUCAGAAAAAGAAAAAAGAACAUCCACCUUUCAAUUGCUAAGUAUAUUAAAUAUAAUAUAUUCGAGGAAAAAAGAUUUUAAUAUGAAUAAAAAACUAACAUUCCUCCUGGACCUGGAGAAUAUUUCGAUCAAAAAUAAAACCCUUGGGAUAAAAAGACAUUUAAUAUUUUAUUUUCAGAGAUUUGA